AACCGUUGGUCGGUUGUCAGCACGGUGUUUGGUAAACUCAGUGAUGUUGUUACAAAAGUUGAAGGCAUUUUUCUUCACGUCGUCUGCUGACUGGUGGGCCGAGUUCAGGCAAUGGGAACAAUUAUGCUGUCCGCAGCGGACAACAGUGCGAUUAGUGUUUUUGUUUCUGUUUUUUCUACUGCUAGAGGUCGGCGUUCUCGUCAUAACGCUGCUCUACAUUCCUUCGCGUAUGGAUACUGGGUCCUUUUUCCUUAACAAUGGAGUUCCAGUAAUCUUGAGUAUUGGUACCACCGGAUGCGUAAUGAGCCUAACACAUAUGCUCUCGCAGCGAGCCAGAAUUGGGGGCAUGGGAUCAACAAUGCAGCAUUUUGAUCGCACACUGCAACAGUUGGAUUUUCGACUGCGCUGUGAAGAAGUUACCUAUUGGACGACGGGAUGGUCACUGACGGUGUUGAUCACAACGAUUCUUUUCUCCAUCGCCAUACAAGUGUUUGGCAGCAUGGUGUUCAACAAUCUGAACACUAUCAUUCUGGUAGCGUUCAUAAACAUUACCAACUUCCCAUACAUCGUUUUCACGGUUUGGUUCAUCGUUUGUGAACUGUGCGUAACGUAUCGUGUGAAAUUGCUCCAUUCGCUGCUCGACGGUGAAAUGCGAUCGAUGGUAACGACUAGAAGAAUGGAUAAGAUCAAACGACCUAGCCACGUGCUAGCAGGCUUAACCGAUUUGUAUGCGGAACUUUCAAACGCUGUCGAGCACAUUAGCGCAGUGUUCGGUGUCCACGUGAUGGUGACUCUGGGGGCGUACGUUACGCUGUUGAUAUUUUGUGUAUUUUCCUACUACCGGGCUGCCGUUGUUUUGGGCGAAAUUGAAACAAACUUUGCAUGGUUAACGGUGUCCUGGAGCCUGUACAACAGUUGCUACCUAUUGCCAAAGGUUUUAUUCGGUGCCUGGAUUCGGAAGGAAACAGAUCGGUUAAUUAAACUCGUUCACCAUUAUCUACGCCAAGCUGGAGAGCAAAUCGUGCAAGAUCAGCUAUACAUCUUAUCCCAGCAACUGGAGCACCGUUCGUUGAGCAUCCGUACGGGGCUUUUUACCAUCAAUUGGCCUGUGUAUGCUUCUGUUAUUGGGUUCAUCAGUACGUAUGUCGUAAUUUUGAUACAGUUCGAUAGUAAGGCGAUGGAUAUUGCCUCUAAAGCAAACACACCGAUUGUGCCUUCGCCGUAAACACGAAAAGAGGUAUGCAGUAGCUUUAUCAAUAAAUCAUUUAUUCAGUA